AUGGACCAGUACGGCCUCGGGGGCGAGGGCGCCCUCCCAUCAGAGAUGCACCUCCCUUCGUUUUCCGAGAGCCCGGGGCUCCACUGCAGCGAUAGCCUCAACCGGGAUCUGGGUCCCCGCACACGAGACCUGCUCUAUGCCGGCCUGAGCAGCCUGGACCUGGACCCCAGCCUGCCGACGCCCGACGUGCCCAGCGAGGCGCUGGAGGACAACUUGGACACCCUGUCCCUGUACUCAGGGAGGGACAGUGACUCCAUGAAGCUGCUGGAGGAGUAUGCAGAUCCGGAAUCUCAGCCUUCCUUACAAGACCUGGGGCUCGGCGCACUCAAGGUGCCCAAAGAGGCCGACGAGGGAGGCCGGGCAGCCUCUGGGAGUGCUCGGAAGGGCAGGCGGCAGCACAGCUCCCCUCAGAACCCCCUCCUGGACUGCAGCCUCUGUGGGAAGGUGUUCAGCAGCGCCAGCUCUCUCAGCAAGCACUACCUGACGCACAGCCAGGAAAGGAAGCACGUCUGCAAAAUCUGCAGCAAGGCCUUUAAGCGGCAGGACCACCUGACAGGGCACAUGCUCACCCAUCAGAAGACCAAGCCCUUCGUGUGCAUCGAGCAGGGCUGCAGCAAGAGCUACUGCGACUACCGCUCCCUGCGCCGGCACUACGAGGUCCAGCACGGGCUCUGCAUCCUCAAGGAGGCGCCCCCGGAAGAGGAAGCCUGCGGGGACUCGCCCCACAUGCACGAGGUGGCCGGCCAGCCGGCACCUGGGGGCCUGCGGUCCCUGGUGCCCCCGGAAGCCAGGUCCCCGGGCUCCAUCUUGCCCAACCGAGACCUCCUGCGCUGCAUCGUGAGCAGCAUCGUCCACCAGAAGCUCCCUUCCCCGGGGCCAGCCCCAGCAGGGCCUCCGGACAGCGGCGAAGGGAGGAACACCCCCUGCUCCUGCCCGCCCCUGUCAGGGUCCUUCUCCUGUGCCCCGGGCACCCUGGGCCCUGAGGUGCCCGAGGAGCCUUGUCCCCUGCGGAAGGAGCCCGCUGCUGACCUGUUCACAGCAGUCCACGCCCGGGCGGCAGAGAACAACGGCCCCAACCCAGCCGAGUCGGAGCCACCGCUGCUCCAGCUCCCGUCCUCCCUGGAGGGCUGGCCUGAGGGCAGCCCCCUGCCCGCCUGCCUGCCUCUGUUCCGAGGCCAGACGGUCCCUGCCGGCGCCCAGCCAUCAGGCCACAGUUUCCAGUGGCUCCGGAACCUGCCAGGCUGCCCCCAAAGCAAAGGGAACAACAUGUUUGUCGUCCACAAGCCCCCCGCAGUGCCGUCGUCUCGCGAGGGCUCCGAGCCUGGCCACGGGCUCAGCAGCGUCUCCCCUGCGGGGGAGCCCUCGCCCAGCCUGGGCGCCGGUCUGGAGGACGCGCUGCCCUUCCCUCCUUCGCUCCUCAAGGCACCCGGAGAGGCCUCCGGUGACCCCAGAUACGCCAGCGCGGAGGACGACUCCUGGGCUUCCAAGAAGAGCAAGUUUGACUGCAACUCGUUCUCAUGGCAGAACCCCAGGGAGCCAGGCCCCCAGGAUGUCCAGAAGCCCGGCAGCCUUUCCUCGGAGGCCACGCCGCUCUUCCGGCAGCUGUUCCUGAAGUCUCAGGAGCCCCUGGUGGGCCACGAGCAGAUGCAGGUGUUCCAGAUGAUCACCAAGUCCCAGCGGCUCUUCUCCCACACCCAGGUCCCUGGGCCCGAGGGCAAGCAGGCCGCCCUGAAGGCCCUGCAGGGCCCGUGGCCUCUCACGCCCGCUGUUGACUCUCUGCACGCUAGCCCUGUGAACCCGGAGCCAGAGGGAUCCCCAGCCCGCAGGAGAAAGUCCAGCCCGGCUUUCCCCAGGGAGGCCUCCCCCGGCAGCGCGAGCCGGGACGCCAAGGGAGGACCAAGAGCGGCUGCCGCUCCACCGGCCCUCGCGGCUUCGGCCUCAGACCCUCCUGGGAAUCCAGACUUCUCCUCUCUGGCCAAGCAGCUGAGAGCUGCGAAAGGGACCAUGGACCUGGGGGACGUCUUCGCCCCCGGGAGCCAGCGGCAGACCCCAUCGGGAGGGGACGAGCUGCCCGGAGCCCAGCUCCCAGGGAAGCAGGCCCAGGCCGAGGAUGGCACAGCUUCCGGGGCCACGCAGGGUGAAAAGGGCCCUACCUGCUCCCGGGCUGGGGGCUACAGGCUCUUAUCCAGCAACUCUAGGGCCCAGCGCCUCCCGGGCUUCCGGAAGGAGAAGGCGAGGAUGGACGUGUGCUGCGCGGCAUCUCCCAGCCAGGUCGCCAUGGCCUCCUUCUCGGCUGGCCCUCCAGCAGACGGCCCCCGGGACGCCACGUCCAAGCUGACGAUAUUCAACAGGAUCCAGGGUGGAAAUAUCUACCGGCUGCCCCAGCCGAUGAAGGAGGAGAACAUGGCAGGUGGAUGUAACCAGCACAGCGGGGGCCCCACAGACUGGGCGGAGCCGAGGAGCACUUACGUCUGCAAGAAUUGCAGCCAGAUGUUUUAUACAGAGAAAGGGCUCAGCAGCCACAUGUGUUUUCACAGCGACCAGUGGCCGUCACCUCGAGGGAAGCAGGAGCAGCAGGUGUGUGGCACGGAGUUGUGCAGGCCACCGAGACAGGUGCAGAGGCCAGAGGGGGAUGGGCAGAGUCCCCCAGGAGCCAGGAAGCCCUUGGACAGCAUGACCGUGGCCCCUCUGGUGGGCCCCGUGCCGGGGCCUGUGGCGGCAGCGAACCGCCCCCCUGGGAGCAAGGUGGGUGGACAGGAGAAGGAUGGGGAAGAGAGAGACAGCAAGGAGACCAGCCAACCCAGGAAGCGGAAGAAGCGCCCCCAGCCCAAGGCACCAUUCAUCCCUCCUCCUCCUUCGGCAGUGUCGACCUUCGGGGAGCUGGGCCCCGGUGGGGGCCACCAGAGCUGCCUGCGAUCCCCCGUCUUCCUGGUGGACCGCCUCCUGAAGGGGCUGUUCCAGUGCUCUCCCUACACGCCACCCCCAAUGCUCAGCCCCAUCCGGGAGGGGUCGGGGCUGUAUUUCAGCACCCUCUGUUCCACGUCGGCCCAGGCCGGACCUGACAGGCUCAUCAGCACUGCGCUCGAUCACACGGACGGCUCUUUUGGCAUCUGCGUGGUGAAGGAUGACACCAAGAUCAGCAUUGAACCACACAUCAACGUAGGAAGCCGGUUUCAGGCGGAGAUCCCAGAGCUCCAGGACAGAUUGCUGGCGGGAACCGAUGAACACGUAGCUUCUCUGGUCUGGAAGCCGUGGGGAGAUGUGAUGACCAACCCGGAAACGCAGGAUAGAGUGACGAAGCUCUGCAACGCGGCCUGCUCCAGCGUGAUGCCGGGCGGGGGCACCAACCUGGAGCUGGCUCUGCACUGCCUGCACGAAGCCCAGGGCGACAUUCAGGAGGCCCUGGAGACCCUCUUACUCAGAGGACCCCAGAAGCCGUGGACUCACCCUCUCGCUGACUAUCGCUACACAGGUUCGGACACCUGGACCCCGAUGGAGAAGAGGCUCUUUAAGAAGGCAUUCUGCGUGCACAAGAAGGACUUUUACUUGAUACACAAGACGAUCCAGACAAAAACUGUGGCCCAGUGUGUUGAGUAUUAUUACAUCUGGAAAAAAAUGAUCAAGUUUGACUGUGGCCGAGCCCCAGGGCUGGAAAAGAGGGUCAGGAGAGAAGCAGAUGAAGCAGACAGGACAGAAACAAAGGUCACGUGCAGCCCUCGGGAGAGACCCAGCCACCGUCCAACCCCCGAGUUAAAGAUAAAGACUAAGAGUUACAGGAGAGAGUCCACGCUCAACGCCAGCCCAAACGCCGGCCCCAAGCGGAUGCCCGAGCCGCCUGGGAACGUGGAGGGCCAGGGCGUUUUUCCCUGCAGGGAGUGUGAGAGGGUCUUCGACAAGAUCAAGAGUCGAAAUGCCCACAUGAAGCGGCACCGGCUUCAGGACCACAUGGAGCCCCUCGUCAGGGUUAAGUGGCCCGUGAAGCCCUUCCAGCUGAAGGAGGAGGAGGACGACGAGGAGAUGGGUGCUGACAUCGGCCCCCUGCCGUGGUGACUCGUGGAGGGCGGCAAGCUGGGAUGGGGACCUCCAGCGCUGUCCCGUCCCCUUUGGCCUCUCCGAGGUCCCCCUCUGCUUCUGUCGCGCCCCCUCACUGUCCCCGCCGGCCAGCCAGCUUGCAGAGCCAGCAAGUUUGGCCACACGUAGGGAGGAGAUACCCGGUCAUCUGACGGCGGUGACGUCCCCGUCGGCCGGGCCCGAGGCGCCCUUCUCUUUAGGCUCAUAGUCUCUCCCGUUCCCGCAGCUCCGCUCCUCCGAGCACAGAGGCCUGGGAGUCAGCACGUUAGACCCUGGGAGCCCCAGU